GGGGCAGCCCUAGGGGAGAGUAAGAGGAGAACCGGCCGCGGUCGUAGGGGUGUCGGAGCUGCGCUGUUUCUCUCUCGGCCGGCGGCACGGUGCUUUCCGGCUGCCGUUAAGCGCGGCAGUGGGCCGGCGGGCUGGGGCGGAGGGGCUGCCAUGGCGGCGGCGAGCCGGCUGCCGGACUCUUGGGUGCUGCUGGCCCUGCUGCUUGGGAGGCUCGCGCUGCUGGGAGUCGGGCCGGUCCCGGCGCGGGCGCUGCACAACGUCACGGCCGAGCUCUUUGGGGCCGAGGCCUGGGGCACCCUGGCGGCCUUCGGAGACCUCAACUCUGACAAGCAGACGGACCUCUUCGUGCUGCGGGAAAGAAAUGACUUAAUCGUCUUUUUGGCAGACCAGAAUGCACCCUAUUUUAAACCCAAAGUAAAUGUAUCAUUGAAUAAUUACAGUACAUUGAUAACCAGUGUAGUCCCAGGGGAUUAUGAUGGAGAUUCACAAAUGGAUGUCCUUCUGACGUAUCUUCCCAAAAAUCAUGCCAAUGGUGAAUUAGGAGCUGUUAUCUUCUGGGGACAGAAUCAAACACUAGAUCCUAGCAAUAUGACCAUACUUAAUAGGACUUUUCAAGAUGAACCACUAAUUAUGGACUUCAAUGGUGACUUAAUUCCUGAUAUAUUUGGUAUCACAAAUGAAUCCAGCCAACCACAGAUAUUAUUAGGAAAAAAUUUAUCAUGGCAUCCUGCAUUGACCACUAAAAAUAAAAUGCGAAUUCCACAUUCUCAUGCAUUCAUUGAUCUGACUGAAGAUUUUACAGCAGAUUUAUUCCUCACGACAUUAUCUGCUUCUAGUGCCUUCCAGUUUGAGAUAUGGGAAAAUUUGGAUGGAAAUUUCUCUCUCAGUACUGUUCUUGAAAAACCUCAAAAUAUGAUGGUGGUGGGACAGUCAGCAUUUGCCGACUUUGAUGGAGAUGGAAACAUGGAUCACUUACUGCCAGGCUGUGAAGACAAAAACUGCCAGAAAAGUGUCAUUUACUUAGCAAGAUCUGGAGCAAAGCAGUGGACUCCUGUCCUACGGGAUUUUAGCAGUAAGGGUACCCUCUGGGGCUUUGUGCCGUAUGUGCAUGAACAGCAACCAACUGAAAUACCAAUUCCAAUUACCCUUCAUAUUGGAGAUUACAACAUGGAUGGCUACCCAGAUGCUCUCGCCAUACUGAAGAAUACAUCUGGAAGCAAUCAGCAGGCCUUUUUAUUGGAGAAUGUCCCUUGUAAUAAUGCAAGCUGUGAGGGGGCACAUCGUAUGUUUAAAGUCUACUGGGAGCUGAUGGACCUAAACCAAAUCAGAGAUGCAGUGGUUGCCACCUUCUUUGACAUUUACGAAGAUGGAAUCUUGGACAUUGUAGUACUAAGCAAAGGGUAUACAAAGAGUGAUUUUGCCAUCCAUACCCUAAAAAAUAACUUUGAAGCAGAUGCUUAUUUUGUUAAAGUCAUUGUUCUUAGUGGUCUCUGUUCUAAUGACUGUCCUCGUAAGAUAACACCCUUUGGAGUAAAUCAACCUGGACCUUACAUCAUGUAUACAACUGUAGAUGCAAAUGGAUAUCUCAAAAAUGGUUCAGCUGGACAACUUAGCCAGUCGGCGCAUUUAGCUCUCCAACUGCCAUAUAAUGUACUUGGCUUAGGUCGAAGUGCCAAUUUUCUUGAUCAUCUUUAUGUUGGUAUUCCACGUCCAUCUGGAGAGAAGUCUGUACGAAAACAAGAAUGGACUGCAAUCAUUCCAAAUUCUCAGCUAAUUGUCAUUCCAUAUCCUCCCAAUGUUCCUCGAAGCUGGAGUGCCAAACUGUAUCUUACACCAAGUAACAUCGUUCUACUUACUGCUAUAGCUCUCAUUGGUGUCUGUGUUUUCAUCUUGGCAAUAAUCGGCAUUUUGCAUUGGCAGGAAAAGAAAGCAGAUGAUAGAGAAAAACGACAAGAAGCUCAUCGAUUUCAUUUUGAUGCUAUGUGACUUGCCUUUAAUAUUGCAUAAUGGAACAGCUAUUCACUUGAUAAACUGAAAUGCUAAACCUGGCUUAUAGAAGAAAAUAGGAGAUUUUGAACAUUACUUAUAAACGAUACAUCCCUUGGUAAUUAUUGCAAAAUGUUCAAAUAAAUAUGGUCUGAAUGUGUUACAAGGUCUUUUUUUAAAGUACUUUGUAUACAAUAGUUUUGGUUCUUUUUUCAGUUGUACUGUACAUUUUUUUCCCUUUGUGGAAUGUGUUGCAUGUACUCAGGUGUUUAUGUAUUUAUAAUCUUAUUAGAAUAAUGAUGAUGGAAAAAGACAUGUAAAUAAAAAUUAUUUAAAUGA